AUGUCCUUGUUAUCCAUGCAAAGUGGUUUCAUUCUCCCUCAACAGCAACAACAAGAAGACCGUCGCGACUCCAAUACCACCUCCACCACAACAGACGACGCCUUUUCCCAUCGCGCCAGUAUCAGUACCGAUGAUGACUCUCCUCGUUCCUGGGAUGGCGAAACCUCUCCUCCGAAUAUAACAACAACCGCUCCCCCUGUCGGCGCACCAUCCCAGUCGGUGGUCGAAUACACCCCCACCGCCGCGGCAAAACCUUUUACCUUUGGUCUGAUCGCUGCCCAUCACCACCAUCAGCUAAACCAACAACUACACCACCACCACCAACACCACCAAAUCCAGCCUCAUCAGUCGCACCACUUCGAUCUCGAUCCUUCUUCCUCCAUGGAUGCUGUGAUUCCCAAGAUUGAAGAAGUCGACGAGGUGGAUGUCUCUCACCACACCGCUCCAACCACCAACUCUUCGCUGACUACGCAUCAACCACCGGGUGCUCCCGUUCAUGUUCCACGGAAACGGGGUCGUCCUCGCAAACAUCCUCUGCCAGUGCCGGGUGGGCAGGUCAAGAUUACAAAGGGUCGUUCCAAGACAGGUUGUGUUACUUGCAGGCGACGCAAGAAGAAAUGUGAUGAGACCAAACCAGCGUGUUUGAAUUGUCAGAAAAAUGCCGUCGUUUGUGAAGGGUAUCCUCCCAAGGAGAUCUGGAAGAGUGGGAGACAAAAAUUGGAGGAUGCCGCCCGGGUCCAUUCCAACUCACUCAUUCCUCGUGGUCUCCCAAUCCUCAUCGAUGGUGUCGAAACCGAAAUCGAUCGUCGCUUCCUCGAUCACUUCGUCUUUGGGUUCAGUCGCGUUUUGACCCUCAUCAACGAUGAUUCCAAUCCCUUCAAAGAAAUCCUCCUCCCCAUGGCCACACAACAUCGCGGUCUCAUGCACUCGCUCAUGUGUCUCGCCGGUUCGCAUUUGUCUGUCCUCGACCCUGAGCCGAUGCUAAAGGAGCGCAAAUACUACCAUUUCCAUCGAGCGAUUCGCGACCUGAAAGACAACAUCACAGCCUCAUCCAAAGCGAGAGCAUCAUCAUCCGAGGGCGAAGCUGAUCUCCUGGUCGAGGAUCCCAUCAUUGCGUCCACCAUUGCGCUCAGUUUGAACACCAUUUGUGAAGGAGAGACCAAUGGCGAGUACCGACCGCAUAUGGACGCCGCCCGAUACCUACUGGUGACACAAAGACCGCGCAACGAGAAGUUCCGGCAAUUCAUCGUCGAAUUCUUCCAGUACCAUGAUGUCUCGAAUGCCAUCACCUCCCUGGACCGACGGCCAGCCCAUUUGAAUGGCGAUUUGCGACUGCCCGACUUUGUUCCUCAUGCGCAGGCGGGUAUGUUCCUAGGUGUGUUUGAUGGCUUGUUCAACUACAUCUCCGAGGUCACGCGGUUACGGGACCGGAUUCGGCAGCGACACCAGGAAGGCUACGAGCCUGCCGUCGACUAUGAGAUCCUGAGCGACGCCGUUUCGAUCGAUUCGGCCAUCCGCGUCUGGGAGACCUCGCACAUUCCCGACACGGCCAACUGGUACCUGGCACAGCUGUAUCGACAAUCGACAUGGGUGUACCUCUAUCGAACUAUCCGGCCUUCGCGACCAAGCGACAAAAUAGCGCAGGUAGUCGAUGAUGGUUUGGCCUACUUGGACCAGUUGCCGCAAGAUGCUGGAGCAUACAGUAUUGUACUGAUGCCACUGUUCCUAUUGGGAUGCUCCGCGUUCGUCCCACAUCAACGCGAACGGAUCAAGAAUGGAUUUGAUACUCUUAAAGCCUAUUCCAACCUCCGCAAUAUCGAUCAGGCCUUGCUGGUAGUCCAGCGGGUGUGGGAGGUAAUGGACACCAACAUCGACGAGAGUUGGGACUGGGAGAAGAUUAUCAAGGAUAUGAACAUGGAUUUUCUUAUCACUUGA